CUAUUGAGCUGAUGUCUGAGAGAUUUUGUUUGUUCCUUUUAAAAUUUCAGAUCUUCCUUAGUGUCACAGCUGACCUGAACUGUGACCUCUUCUCUAAAGAGCAGAGGGAACACAUAACCACCAUCUGCCCCAACAUCAAAAAGAUGGAAGGGCACAAUGGAAUUGAGAAGGUGUGUGGUACCUUCGGAGAUAUUGAAAAAAUACAUCACUUCUUGAAUAAGCAACUCCGGGAAAGGGGGCAGAAACAUGAAUCUUCCUCUUUGACAACAGAGAAGGAGCCAGUCCAUCAGCACCAGAACGGCUGCCCUUAUUCCCCUGAACCGAAAAACAGGGCAGAAGAAAAAAGUGGCCAUUUUGAAAUUCCCUUGCCUUUCUUUGAAUACUUCCAAUUUAUCUAUCCUGAUAAAAUGGACUCAAUACAGAACAGAUUUGGUGUAAAAAUAAUAAUCCAGCAGAGUUCGAACAUAGUCUAUUUAGACUUCACCUCGAAUCAACCAGGUGACCUCAGAGCAGCUCAGGAGUUUUUUGUCAGUGAAUUUCAGAAAACUGCAGGACUUCUGGAGCAACAAUGUGUUGCUUUCGCAGACAGUAAGCAGGCAAAUAAAAUCAAACAGGAAUUGAAUCAUCGGUUUACAAAGCUCCUUAUAAAGGAGAAAGGAGGAGAAUUAACUCUCCUUGGGACCCAAGAUGACAUUUCAGCUGCCAGAUGUUUUUUUGCUCUGAAAGACUCUAAAAGUCUUGUCAUGGGACCUGUGAAAAUAUCAACUCCCAGAUGCAUGAUGAAUGGAAUUGAAGUUGAUACUUUUCAGUAUAAGCUUUUAGAAGCUGAAAUACUCCAGGAGAUACCAAAGAUAGAAAAAAAGUAUGACACUCAAUGUAAGGUUUCAGGAAACACUGAGAAAACCUGCAUCCUAUUUGAACCUAAGGACAAGGAAUUAGAUCUGUCUGCCCAUGCUUAUGCAAGUUUCAUUGAUGUCUAUCAACAUGUGUCAUGUCAGGUGAUGAGAGAAGUGCUUUCACUGAAACCUUUGGGCAAAGAGAGAAUGCACUUACAUGGGACCAAGUUUGCUGAUGGCUUUAGGAAAAAGCAUCCAAAUGUACACUUUGUACUGAAUCAAGAGUCAAUGACUUUGAUUGGAUUGCCAGAUCACCUUGCAAAGGCAAAGCAGUAUAUCUUUAAAAAAGUGGGGAUGUCCCCAUUAGCUGGAGACAAAUGGGAUGAGGACCAUGAAACAUCCGUGGACAUUGACAGUAAUGAUUCAAAAACAGCUUCACCCACAUUCCAGCACUCUGCCGGUUCUGGGGCGUCAGACAUGGACAAGGAAGAGGACAUAUGUAGCAUCUGCAUGGACAUGAUUAGUAACAAAGAAGUGCUACCCAAGUGCAAGCAUGCAUUCUGCUCCCCUUGUAUCAACAAAGCCAUGUCCUAUAAACCGGUCUGUCCUGUGUGCCAGACUUCCUAUGGUAUCCAGAAAGGCAAUCAGCCAGAGGGAACCAUGACUGUCACUGUCGUAGGAGACUCACUUCCAGGUUAUGAAUCCUGUGGCUCCAUUGUGAUUAAUUAUAACAUGAAAGGAGGCAUUCAAACAGAAAAGCACCCAAACCCAGGAAAGGCAUACUCUGGAAUACAACGAACAGCAUACCUGCCCAAUAAUGAGGAAGGAAUCGAAGUUUUGAGACUGCUUCGUAGGGCCUUUAACCAAAAGCUGAUUUUUACGGUGGGGGAGUCUCGAGUAUUAGGAAUCUCAGAUGUCAUUACAUGGAAUGACAUCCACCACAAAACAUCCCGUUUUGGGGGCCCGCAAAAGUUUGGCUACCCUGAUCCUGGUUAUUUGAAACGUGUUAAACAAGAGCUGAAAGAUAAAGGAAUUGAGUAAGAAAACUGCUGGAAGGAUGUCUUGAGCCAAGCUUUCAAAAGACACAGUUGAAGAAACAUCUUUAAAAUUUUUUUCAUCUCAAGAAGUGGUCUGUUUAGAAGUAAGAAUCUACUAGUCUGUCAUUUCUGGAGUGUUACUUUUUAUGGAAGAUAAAAGUUCCAGGGGUGACUGGGCGGCUCACUUGGUUGAGCAUCCAACUUCUGCUCAGGUUGUGAUCUCACAGUUCAUGAGCUCCAGCCCCACACUGGGCUCUCUGUUGUCAGCAUGGAGCCCACUUCAGAUCCUCUCCGCCCCACCCCCGUCCCUCCCCUGUACUUUCUCUCUCUCUCAAAAAUAAACAUUAAAAAAAUUAAAAAUUAAAGAAAGCUCCAAAAUCAAUGUGAU